GGAGCCGAGCGGGGCCGAAGCGGAGCCGAGCGGGGCCGAAGCGGAGCCGAGCGAGGCCGAAGCCGAGCCGAGCAGGGCCGAGCGGGUGCGAUGGCGGCGACGCCGCCGCCCAAGCCCUGGGAGUCGCGGCGGCUGCCGGGCACCGCGACCGCCUUCCAGUCUGCUGACUUGGGUGACAACCUGCUGACCAGGCCCGGCCAGCCCACGGUGGCACGAAUCCCCCCGCCCAUUUUGCCAAGACCAUCCCAGCAGACGGCGAGCAGCAGCCUGAGCACUUUCAGGCCAGCCUACAGCAGCUCCUUUUCCCCAGGCUAUGGCUCCUAUGGCACCUCUUUCUAUGGAAGCUACAGUCCCUACAGCUAUGGCUACGGGGGGCUGGGCUAUAACCGCUUCUGUGCCGAGGGCAUUCCCCCCAGCAGGUUUGUGCAGCAGGCUGAGGAGAGCAGCAGAGGCGCCUUCCAGUCCAUCGAGAGCAUCGUGCACGCCUUCGCCUCCGUCAGCAUGAUGAUGGAUGCCACCUUCUCCGCUGUCUACAACAGCUUCAGGGCCGUGCUGGAUGUGGCCAACCACUUCUCCCGCCUCAAAAUCCACUUCACCAAGGUGUUCUCAGCUUUUGCCCUAGUGAGAACUAUAAGGUACCUCUACCAGCGCCUGCAGCGCCUGCUGGGUCUGCGGCAGAGCUGCGACAACGAGGAUCUGUGGGCUGAGAGCGAGGGCAAAGUCGCUCGUGCUGGCCUCGAAGACAAGGUGGCCAGCUCUGCGAAAUCCUGGCCCAUUUUCUUGUUCUUUGCUGUUAUAUUGGGAGGCCCCUACCUGAUUUGGAAGCUGCUUUCUACAUACAGUGAGGAAGAAACAGUGUCUAGUAACUGGGCGAGUGGAGAAGAUGACCAUGUAGUUGGAAGAGCAGAAUAUGAUUUCAAUGCUCUCUCAGAAGAAGAAAUUUCUUUCCGUGCUGGUGACAUGCUAAGAUUAGCACCCAAAGAACAACAACCCAAGAUCCGUGGUUGGCUCCUGGCUAGUUACGACGGCCAAACAACAGGACUUGUGCCAGCUAAUUACAUCAAAAUCCUGGGCAAAAGAAGAGGUAGGAGAACAGUGGACCUGGAAAGGAUUGCAGAGCAGAGGCCAGCCUUUCCCAGCACAGCUGUCAGAGGAGCCCCUGCUGCUGUGACUUUGGAGGAGCAGGAGGCAGCUUUUGAAACUGUUUUUGCUGGAAGCAGCAAAGUUCCUGUGGCGUCAGACUCUGCUGUGGCUGGAGGAGAGAAGCAGGAGCUCUGAUGCACUUUGAUCAACAAAGCAAAUGAACUGUGCUUUAUUGAUACCACUUAGGGCUUGCUGAAAAUCUGGUUUGUAGUGGAGCACUGGUGGGUCUGUACCAGUUUUUGCUGCUACUGGCUGGUGAAGGGAUGGAGAAAUGAUUGCUCAAAUUUGUGGUAUUUAUUUUUGACUCACCUAAGGCUGCACGUCAGUGAUUCUAUCCACCCACCUGGCAGCAACUCUGAGAUCUUGAGACAGGAGAAGUGAGGCAUUCAUAAAAAAGCAAACAAAGGAAAAAAAAAAUAGGGACUGCCAUUCUUGCUUAGGAGACAAAUUAACGCCCGGUCUUCAUAGGAGUCUCGAGCCUCUUCAACAGAUGUGCAAAGGGAAGAUUGAUUUCUGUAAGGUGUCCUCCAAAAUGUCACCCUCAGAACCAUAAAGGUGUAACAGCACAUUGUCUCCCCCUAAAAGGAGGGAGAGUUGCAGGAGAUGCACACAAUGGAAUAGUUAGAAGGUUUUAAGUUGCUUCAUAAGAAGUAGGGUUCCUAAAGAACUUAGCUCUCAGGAAAAAAGGGACUUGGGAGGAAGGGAGGAGAAAUAGAGUUUACAAAGGGAGAGCAGUGAGGCAUCACCAGUAUUUCCAAGCAGUUUAUUAAAAGGACAUUGAAAUAAAGGGUAUUCUACAGUCAGGCACUCAUUAGUUGUUACUCCCUUAAUAACUUUGCAUCACUUUAGCCAUUUUGUGAUGUAGCCUGCUAGCUGCCUAUCCAUCAGCGACCAACUGCAUCUCAGCUUAUUUCUGUCCUUUAUUGAUUUUAUAUGAAUGUCAAAAUAUCUCUCCUGUGUUUUUGAGCUGUAGGAAAGCCUUGAGUUGGGGGAAGCUGAAAGUAAUUGGAGCAUCAAAGAAAAGUGACAUUUCUUGCUUAAUUGUGUCAGUUAGAGAAGUUCUUGGAGUUGGGCAAACUUUUCAUGCUGCCUUUCAGGUGGUAAAUUUUGCAUCUGCCCAUAAAAUUUUAGGGCUCCAGUUUAUCAAAAGCCAUAAAAAUGUUGAGACUGUUCAAAGUAUUUUCUUCAUAUGGGUGUUUGAAAAUUCUGUCUUGAAAUACUGUUUUGGUUUUUUGUUAAAUGAAGCAAAGAUAAUUAAAACUUUUUUUUUUCCUUGUAGUAUGUAUGUAUAACGUGUUGAACUUCUGAAGGUUACAUCAGUGGAUUAAAUAACUAAGUUUGUCUUAAUCAUUAAAAUAGCUGUUUUAUUUUCAAGUUUCUUGAAAAUUUAAGUAGGGCACAGGCCUUUUCUUAAUUGAUUGAGCAGUUUCAGUUUGACCAUUCCUACAGGGAUCUUCAACACCCAUUAUGUGUUAACAAAGCUCUCAGUAUUUAUAUUUUAAUGGCAUUUGUUGGCCUUGGGUUCUUAGAAGUCUGUUCACACAACAAAACUCUAAAAAAAGGAGCACAAUUUUAUUGAGAUAGAGUGGCUGAAAAGACAAAUAUUAUGCUGGAACCUUGAUUUGAAAGUAAUCUCUGAAUGCCUGUUGUUAAUAAAUAGAACAUGAAUUUAAGUGGUCGUGCUCAGGUAUUGGGAGAUGGUGAUCACAAUAUUUUAUAGUAAAUUGUUAGAUUUUCAAGUGCAGAUGUAAAGGAAAAAGUAGUUGGAGGGCAAAUGAAAACCUUGAGGUUUAAAACAGAACAUGUUCCCAAGCCAUUGCCCUGUGUACCAGAAAAUUAUCUGUAUUUGAAAAUUAUAUCUGUUGUUGAAAUGAAAAUAGCAAAAAAAAUCUGAAAUUUAAAAUGCAGAGAAACAAAAGGGGGGAGGGGUGUAUCAAGUGUACAGUUCUGUGUGCAGAGUGUGUCCCUGGAGGGAAUUCAUUUACUGUUCUCAGAUGUAGUUAAUGGACUGUCAGCCUCUCCUGUCAGUGAAAGAUUUCAGUCAGAGGAAGGGUCUUUCAAUGAAUGAAUAAAUAAACUCCUUUUUUUUUUUUUUUUUUGUAAGAGUAUCCAUUCAGGUAGAUUUUUUGGCUUUCUAGCUGUUUUAGUUUUUUUUUUUUUUUUUUCUGUUUUCUGGCUCAGAACAAGUUUAGAAGAGAACGCCACAAUGCUUGUUGGAAUGUUUUAAGUCUUAUUUUUAGAAAGCUAAGUUUAAUUUCAUUUCCAGGUCAUACUAUUUUGACAAUUCUUUUAGGAGAAAGAUAGGUUAUUCUUACCUGAGUUGUCUUUAUAUUUGUUUGACUUAGCCUAUAAGUCAUCAUACUGUCAUCAUACAAACUGUCAUCAUUGUAUCUCCUAAAUCUCAACAAGAAUUUUGAUCCUUUCAAUCUUGCAAUUACCUUAAUUGGAAAAAAAGGCUCUGAGGAAUUGAAGUCAGUUAUUUAACUCACAAUUAAUUGUAUUGAUUGCAGAAGGGUAUUAAAGUUCAUUGAAGUGAAAUAUA